GCCCGUCAGACUGCGGACGAGAUUGCGGUUUUUAUCUACGACCGCUUUACGUGGAUGCCGCAGAGGCAUGCCUCAUUGUGCGACUUCCUGGACUCCGUGCUGGAGUUUGUGCAGGCACAGGUGACGGAGGAGGUGUCAGCAGCUGCUGAACGCCCUUGCGCAGUAUUGGCGCCUGGAGCGGCCGGGGCAGUGUCCCCGCGCCGCCUCCGUGCCUUUGCCCGG